GUGGGGUGACUCAGUGGUGGCUUCAUAUGGAGAACCGCUUCUUGCCCCCCACCCACUCUCCCAUCCUUCUGCUGGCCUUGGGUCUUCCAUUUGCCUGCCUCUGCAAUCGAGCCAAGUUCUGCUAGCUCUCCGUCGAUCGUCUCCUGAGAAUGGAGGUCGUGACAGGGGCGAUCAGCACCCUCCUGGCCAAGCUGGGGGACCUGCUCAUGGACGAGUACAGGUUGCAGGCAAGCGUCAGGGGCGACAUCGCGUUCCUAAUGGACGAGCUGGAGAGCAUCCAGGCAGCCCUCCUGAAGGUCUCCGAGGCACCCAUCGACGAGCCACCUGACAUCCAAGUCAAGCUCUGGGCCAAGGAGGUCAAGGAGCUGUCCUACGACAUCGAGGACAGAGUCGACACCUUCACGGUGCGCGUCGACGGCCACGCACCGAGCAGGCAGCUGCACGGCCUCAGGGGCGUCGUUGGCAGAAGCCUCAACCUUCUGAAAAAGGCCGAGAUCCGCCACGACAUCGGCAUGGACAUCAAGGACAUCAAGCGGCGCAUCAAGGAGGUCAGUGAGCGCCGAGACAGGUACAAGGUUGAUAAUGUUGCUGUUAAGCCUGUUGGCCCAAGUGUACAUAGCCUGCGCCUGUCAGCUCUUUAUAGGAAGGCAGCCGAGCUCAUUGGCACGGAGGAGAAGGGCGAUUACCUGGUCAGCAAACUUCAGCUGCAGAAGACGGUCUCUAUUGUUGGUUUUGGUGGAUUAGGCAAAACCACUCUAGCGAAAUUAGUGUAUGAGAAGCUUAAGGUGCAGUUCCACUGCGGGGCUUUUGUUUCUGUGUCUUUUAAUCCCAACAUGAUCAGCCUUUUCAAGAAUAUGCUCCACCAACUUGGCAACUACAAGAAUGUAGCAACGUGGGAAGAAGCGCAACUCAUCGACGAAAUAAGAGAAUUUCUUCGGAAUAAGAGGUAUCUCAUAGUAAUCGAUGAUAUAUGGAGUACAUCUGCAUGGAAAACGAUCCAAUAUGCUUUGAUCGAGAAUGAAUGUGGAAGCAGAGUAAUCACAACUACUCGCAUUCUUGAUGUUGCAAAAUGUGCUGGUGGUGUCUAUGAACUACCACGUCUAACUCCUGCUGACUCAAGAAAAUUAUUCAACAUAAGAAUAUUUGGAACAGAAAAAAAAUCUCUCCCUAAGGAACUAGAGGAAGUAUAUAACAGUAUUUUGAAGAAAUGUGGUGGUGUACCACUAGCUAUCAUCACAAUAGCUAGUAUGUUGGCCAGUAAAAUGGGAAAGGAGAAUACAUACAAGUACUGGUCUAAGGUGUACAGAACUAUGGGUUCUGGGCUAGAAGAUAGUCCUGAUUACAAUGACAUGAGAAGAAUACUGUUAAUCAGUUAUUAUGAGCUGCCUCCACAUCUAAAGACUUGUUUGCUGUAUCUAAGUUUGUUUCCAGAAGAUUCCGAGGUCAGCACAGAAUACUUAAUAUGGCAAUGGGUUGGGGAAGGUUUUGUCCAAAAAGAACAGGGGAAGACCAUAUAUGAAGUAGGACAGGAUUAUGUUGAUCAGCUAAUUAACAGAAGUAUGAUUGAAGCAGCAGACUUUGACCAUGAUAGUAGUAAUGUAUCCUAUUGUCGAAUACAUGAUAUGGUGCUUGAUCUCGUUACUGGCUUGUCAAAUGAGGAUGGUUUUCAGACAACAUUAGAUGGGCAGCGGACCACGUGUCUACCAAAUAGGAUACGUCGACUGUCCCUCCAAACCAGCAAUGAAGAGGAUGUCAAGCUGGUAUCAACCAUGAGCAUGUCCCAUAUGAGGUCGCUUACUGUGUUCAAGGCAGCUUUCAAUUUGCUACCAGCCCUUUCAAACUUUCCAGUGCUGCGUGUAUUGGAUUUAAGUGGCUGCAGGCAAGUUGAUAACCAUCAUUUUAAGGAUAUUUGCAAUCUGUUCCACCUUAGAUUCUUGGGGCUAUGGCUUACAGGUAUUACUGAGAUUCCAGAAGAAAUUGGGAGUCUACAGUUUUUGCAGGUAUUGGACAUAAGUUGUACAGAAAUAAAUGAGGUCCCCGCAACUUUUGUCCAAUUACGACAAUUGGUGUGCCUGCGUUUUGAUCAUCUGAAGAGACUGCCAGAAAGAUUUGGAGAUCUGAAAUCUCUGGAACGAUUGGAGGGUAAGAUUGAUCUGGAGUCUCCAACCAUCCUGCAUGAGUUGGGGGGUCUUACUGAGCUGAGGCGUGUGCAUGUCAACUUCAGUGAAUGGGAUGAGAGCAUCGAGAACCAUAUUCUCCAAUUUCUCUCUAACCUGGUUUGUCUAGAGGACCUGAAAAUAAGUGGCUACAAUGGUGACUUUGAUUCCCAGCGUGACAGGUUGUCGCCUAGACUUCAACAGAUCCAGGACAUACGGAUGAUGGGUUGCAUCAUCCCUGCAGUACCUAGUUGGAUGUCCUCACUCUCUGCACUAUCCAUCCUUUCUAUGGCACUAUAUACAAUUGGAGAGGAGGACCUCCAUGUCCUUGGGAGCAUACCAUCUCUUUCUCAUCUGGAAAUAUUGGUGAAGGAACCUACACAAGGCAGAAACAAAAAGUUGGUCAUCAGCAAUGUUUACCCAUUUUUGUUUCUAACAAACUUCAAAAUCUAUGGAACAAUGGAGGCGGUGUUUCUGCAAGGAGCCAUGGAAAAGCUUCAAACCCUUUUUUUGAGCUUCAAUGUGCAGGAGACAAUGGAUCAAUUUGGUGACCUCGACUUCGGCUUGGAGAACCUUUCUUCACUUGCGCAUGUCGCUGUUGACAUGAGUUGCACAGGGUCCGAGGAUCGGAAGGCUGCGGAGGCUGCAAUUCAAAAAGCAGUCGACAUGAAUCCCAACAAGCCCGCACUGAAUUUUGGGAAGCGCUUCUUUUUUUCUUGGAAAUCCUGACCACGAGCUCUACCUCCGCAAAAACUGCAUCAUCGUCAGCAAGAGCUAACCAAGAUCCUUGGAAUCCAAAUCAAAUCCCAAGUUGAUUUUUCUUUCAUGAACUCUUGCAAUGAAUUGUGAUGCUACGUGCUCAACGUAUGACGAGAUGAUUUUUUUGGAGUACAUUACUGCUGUGACGUAAUCCCCACGGGUCCCCGAGGGAUCUCGGGGAUCCGUCAGAAAGAUUUAGGAUUUGGGAUGCUUGAAAACAUGUAUCUUUGGAUAUACCUGGUUCUCCAGAAACCUGAUGGACUGGUUUAGUUUUGUAUCUA